UAGAAGGAGGCUAAUAGAAGGAGGCUAAUAGAAGGAGGCUAACAGAAGGAGGCUAACAGUAGGAGGCUAACAGUAGGAGGCUAACAGUAGGAGGCUAACAGUAGGAGGCUAACCGAAGGAGGCUAACCGAAGGAGGCUAAUGUUUAUGCUAACAACUAACGCUGCCAGCUAACUAGCCGCUAGUUUGAAUUCAACAGUUUAAAAAAAAAUGAAAAAUUUACGUGAUUCUGAGCCCAAAAAGCUCAAAACUUCAACCUAAAGUUGGUUAUCGAUGAUUAAUUUGUGUCUCUUUAAGCUGCAUGGACACUGUCUUUGUCCAAAUUAAAGCUUUAGCAGUUGCAGUAUGUGUAGAACUUGGUCCUAGCCUCUGUUUGCUAAUUUGAUGAUAAUUUUUUAAAUUUGGUUUUUAUCUGCCUAAUUAGCUGCAGUGUUUGUAUUGACUGUAGUCUGUAUUUGAAAAGGCUCUUUCAGUAUCAGCUCAGUAUCAACUACAUCAGUGUACAGAAAUCUGUACAAUAUUCUUAUUUUUAACAUCAGUGUUUUAUAUUCUAAUUUAUGGAUUGAUCAAUAUUAUUAUUCAAUGAUAAUUUCAUUAAUUUUGUGAUAUAAUUUGGUAAUACAAUAUGUGCAACCUUUACCCUGUAUUGUCGACAGUAUUUAAAAAGACUCGUAGAAUAUCACCUCUACAUGUACAAGUCUGCAGUAUUAAUAUUAUUUCUUUGUUUUCAGCAGUAGUAUUUUCUGUUCUGCACUGAAGAGGUCCAAUAUUAGUGUUUGCACCGAUAGAGGGCUGAAGAGGACCAUGACCUGUAUGGACGAGGAGCAUCCACGCACCGAGGCCAGCAUCAACAACCGGUCCCAGCUGAGACAGAUACUCAACAUAGAGGAUCUCUACAGGAGGAAUAAGGUUCAGGAUUCUCCCCUGAAAACAUUGCUGGAGAUGAUUGUGAAGCAUCACAUGGAGAGACUUAAGAAGGACAGGAUCAGGGAAAAUGAUUCUCUGCAGAGUUCUCAAACCAUCAACUCCACCACUGAUCGUCCUGAAGGAGCAAAAUCAGAGACGAAUGACAUCAAAACAGAAGAAAUCACUCCAGCUUUUAUUAUCAGCAAGCAGACCAAAUUAUGGUCUGAAAAAAAAGAAACACACCUUCUUCAUCCUGCUUCUACGUCACCACUGCCUGAGAAAAACAGACAGUCCAACUAUAAACCGGCAGAUUUCUUGGUUUAUGAUUUAGAAGACCAAAAAGGCCAGAUUUUGAUGACUUCCCUUCAGGACGACGAGAGCUUCAUCCCAAGAGAACCUGAAGAAACCCCUUCCAUGACCGAGACUGACCAGAAGAGCAGAACUAAUCGCAUUAGACGAGACAUGAUGGCUGGACCGAUUCCUCAGGAAUCAAACAGAAAACGGCAAAGUCGAAGGGCUGAAGCGUCCCAGCCGCUGCUCAGGAAAGAAAAGGAGGAAAACACGCAGUCUAAGGAUGGACUUUUACCGACUGGCUUAGAGAGAAUCUGCUCAGCUGAUGGUGUUGGAGGGAAAUUGGAGCUGGCAAAUGCGCCAGAGAGUGAAAAUUGCUUCAAAAGAAUGGGACAGAACAUAUACAAAACAAGAAGAGUAGAAACGUGGCCAAACAUGGCUGAUCUAGAUGUUGCUGAGAUGGUGCUGGAUGACAGUGACAAUGACGACGACCUCCGAGAACUCUCCAAGGUUUCCGUCCAAAGAGCCCCAGUAGGGAACGACUUCGCCGGCCAACCGAUGGACGAACACACGGCGGCGGAAUUGAAAGCGGUUCUUCUUGGUUCCAGCCUGAAUUAUUUCAGCGCUGAGUGGAGGAACCAGGGCUUCACGUUCUCAGAAAUACAUGACCUCAGAUAUGGAAUCGUGCAGAAGAAGGGUGGUCCCUGUGGAGUCCUGGCUUCAAUCCAAGCCUUUGUUCUGAAGAAUCUGCUGUUUGAGAACCUAAAGAGCAGUAAUACGUGCCUUCAGAGGUUAAGACCUUCCAACACCACCAGGAGAGAGUGUCUCGUUCUAGCGCUGGGGGAAGUCUUGUGGAGGGCCGGCGAGGAGAAACAAGCCACAGUAGCGGUAAAUUCAGGGAGAAAUCACUUCACCCCAGCUGGACGCUGCAAAUCUGAAGGAGUUCUUGAAAAGAUCGCAUGUUUCACUGUGGAGAACAUCAAAGAUCUGCAUUUACUCCUGGAGCAGCACAUCCAGCAGUUUGAAACCGGGAUGUUGGGAUGUCUGCUGCUGACUAUUUCUGCUGUUCUCUCUCGAUCCGUUGAGAAGGUGAGAGAGGACAUGGAUGUUCCCUCCACCAGCCUGAUUGGAGCUCACGGCUACUGCACUCAGGAGUUGGUCAACCUGCUGCUGUGUGGCAGAGCGGUUUCUAACGUCUUCGACGACGACAUGGAGCUGGACUCUGGCGACGGAAACGUGACGCUGCUGAAAGGAAUCAAAGGCAGCCAAGACAUCGGCCUGCUGUCGCUGUUUGAACAUUACAACAUCUGUAAGGUAGGAGCUCACCUGAAGACUCCCCGUUUUCCCGUCUGGCUUGUUUGCAGUGAGAGCCACUUCAGCGUCCUGUUUGGCCUGCAGAGGGAGCUGUUGACCAAUGAGGACGGAGCUCUGGGCUUUGACCUGUACUACUAUGAUGGACUGGCCAAUCAGCAGGAGGAGAUCCGCCUCAGCGUCUCUUAUGGAGAAGCGAGGCCGAGCUGUGAGGAUGAUCUCAUUCCUCCACUGGAGCUCUGCAUUCGAACACGGUGGAAGGAUGCGUCUGUUAGUUGGAACGACACUGAGCCGAUCCUCUGACCAUCAGCUGCUUUGGUCUUAUUUUAAUUUAGGACGUUAACCAGCAACAAGCAGUUUUAUCGUACAUAAAAUAGUCGGCAUUUUCCAAGUCAGACAUCAGUGUUGGAAAGUUAAAAAACCUACAUUUAUGCGCCCCGAUGGGUCUUAAAGGUCACAUAAACACGUCCAAACCAGCCUUUAGCUGCUUAUUGAGACAUAAGAAGGAAUCAGUUUUUGUCCAUAUAUUAGAUAUGAAACGUGAUAUUAUGGUCUCCAUUUAGAAUCAGAAAAAUCUGAGAAUCUGAUUAUUUAUCUACAUUAACCUUAGUAUAUUUAAUAAAGUUUUACCUUCAUACUCUGAAUAUUUUCAGUUACAGACUCUUGAAGUUUUAAAUUCUGCACUUCAUUUGUGUCUUAUUUCAGGAUUUUUGAAAACUCAAAACUUGAAAUUUUCAAGGCUGAAAAAGACAUUUAAACUCUGUUAAAACCUGAAUCCACAUUAAUUUUACAUCCACUCCUGGUGUCACAAUCUAAACCCAAAGUCUGCGUUUGUUAUCAUCGUUUCAACAGGAAAACUGCAGCAGUUUAAUGUCUGUGGCAUAAAGUCAGAGACUGGUUAGCCUAAUCCAAACCCUUUAAGUCAGAGACUGCACUAGAAAAUACUCUAACCCAGAGUGAGUCGUGUUUAUUAGAUGAUUCUGGUAUCAAAUGUAGUAAAAAUGCUCCUUUCAUUGUCUAGAACUAGUUCUGACCAACCACCUGUCACACAUGCUGAUAUGAGCCGUAAAGUUUACCCAGAAUGACCUUUUAAAGUUUAAAUCUGCUGAAUUAUCAGAAAACAGAAACACAUCCAGGGAACCAGUGAUUGUUUCUGGGACUCUAUGACAUUAAACUGAUGCAGUUUUACUGUUCAACCUAUGAUACAUCCCAUAAUACUGAUGCUCAAAGUUGGUAAUUAUUAUUGUUUUAUUUUGAAUAAUUCUGAACUGUUUUUAAGUGGUUGGGGGACUUUUGGGCCAUUUUGUUCAACUUUUUUAACUCAUCUAGGACAGGGUUUAAAUCAUUUUGGUGAAUUUUCAAGUAAUUUUGGACAAACUAUGAUUCAGUUUUGUCAACUUUUGUUGCAUCUUGCAGAGGUUUCAGGUAUUUUGAACAAUUUUCUGACUGUCAGAAAUUAAACUGCUGCCGUUUCAGUGUUGGAAUUAUGAUACAUCCCAUAAUAAUGAUGCUCAAAGAUCAUUAUAGGAAGAGUCAUGCUGAACAAAAAACUGAUUUAAUCUUUAGAUUGUGACACCAGGAGUAAAACUGAAUCCCCAGAGAAAACUUUAAAAAGUGCAUUCUGGGUGAACUUUAAGGUUGUUUUGUGUCUCUCUGUGGUCAUUUAGUGUUUCUUUAUGGUCAUUAAUGUCUAUUUAUGGUCAUUUAAUGUUUCUUUAUGGUCAUUAAUGUCUAUUUGUGGUCAUUAAUGUCUGUUUGUGUUUGUUUUGUGUGUUUCUGACCAGUAGUACCACAGUGAAUGCAUAGUCCUGACAGUGAAGCACGGAGGUGGAAGUAUGAUGAUAUGAGGCUGGAGAAACUUUAAAAAGGUCAUUCUGGGCAUUAUUUAAGGCUCAUAUCAGCAUGUGUGAUAAGUGGUUGGUCAGAACAAGUUCUAGACGAUGAAGGGAGCAUUUUUAUUACAUUUGAUACCAGAAUCAUCUAAUAAACACGAUUCACUCUCUCAGUUACAGGUUUGAUAAUAAGAUUCUAUUUACUAGAGGAAUUAAAACCAUAAUAAUCAUUUUUCUGUGGAGAAUCAGAUGCCAGAAUUACAAAAAACUUUCAGUCAGACUUAGAGGAUUAAUGUGAUUCAUCCAAACUACUACAUAAAUCACAUGAAAACAAAUGUUGUUCCUCGAUUUUUACAUUCAGAAGUUCUAUUAAAAAAGUGCUCCAAUCAGACUGGUGAGCUCCCAGGACGCCCAGAAUAAAAUGGUUUCAUUUUAUUUGUACUCUAAUAAUCACAAGCCACAACUUUUUUUGCAGAAUGUGAAAUAUUUUCAUCACAGAUGUUUUUGAAUCACAGUAAAACCUGACACUGACACCAGUGGAUUUCAUUUUUUUUCCACAUUUUAAUCCCAGCUCAGCUUCUUAGUAUGAAGGUAGAACUUCUAAAACCUUUCAUUAAAUAUUUUAAAAUUAUUCUACAUAAAAAAAUCAACUGAUUCUGAGGAAGUUGUUUUAUCAGUAUUUAUUCAUCAGUUAUUUGAGCCAAAUUCUGUUGCCUUCAAAUGAUAUUUAAGAGAAUAUUUAGUCAUUUUAAAGGUUUUUCAGUCAGGUAAUAUUUUCUGAAAUGAAAACACAUUAGAGAUGGAACUUAAAUCAGUGCAACAUGCAGCUUUUUUACCACAGCAGCCUUUUCUAUCUGCCUCUACUUCUAACUCAUAGAUAUCACAGAUUGUUUUCUAGAUAUCCUUUCUUAUUAUGAAUAAAAUAAAUUUAAAACAAGAAAACUGCUAAAAAAAAAUUGAAAAUGUAAGAUUUAAGUGUAUUUUUAAAUAUUAUCAUACAGUGUCUUAACAUACAGUAUUUAUAUAUCUGGCCAAAAAUCAGACUGCUCUUACCUUUACAUGUUUUAAAUAAUAAAAAAACUGUUGAUUUAUAGUUUCAGUCAUAGCAGAGACAUUAUCAGGCCUGUAAAGACUUAAAUUAUAAAUCUUAAGGAGAUUGGACCAGAUAAACACCAGAAUUAGACCAUAUAAAGAGUCUGUUAGUGAUCAGAUUAAAUUCUUAUGAUAGCCUUCAUUAAUUUUCACUUUUAAAAAAAUGUCUCAUGUGAACAGAAAAUAAACUCAUUAAAAAUCUAAAACUGUCAUCA